AUGGCCAGGAACUACAUCAACACCGUGUGCUUCAUAGCUUUUCUCGUUCAACUGUGUGCCCUCAGUGCGCUUGGACAGCACUCGGCUGUAAACUAUGAGUAUUAUUACGAUUACACCACCGACAGCCCUGCAGAAGACUUUGAUUACACUCAUAAUGACUGGUUAUAUGAACUCCUGGAUAUCGCAGAUGAGUGUGAUCCAAACCCAUGUUUGAACAGUGGCAGCUGUGACCACGCUGCCAACGGGAGUUUCAGAUGUUUCUGCCCUGAGCCGUACACAGGAAAGAAGUGUCAGACAGUGAAAGAUCUUUGCAAGAGCGUGAAAUGUGGCCAAGGAAGCUGUGUUGUCACACCCACGGCUCCAUUCUACGAGUGCAAGUGCAGGCAUCCAUACAAACCACCCAACUGCACCAAAGCUUCUCUCUGCAGGCCCAAUCCCUGUCAGAAUGGAGGCUCUUGCAUGAAGGGUCCCAAAAGUUUCCAAUGUUCUUGUCCUCGUGGAUUUAGUGGAAAGUUCUGCGAAGUUGGACCAAAUGACUGUUACCAAGAGGAUGGAGAGUUGUACCGUGGCAUGGGGAGUGUAACAGUUCAAGAGGAAGAGUGUCUUGACUGGAAUUCCAAUUUCAUCCGGCAGAAUGGGGGAGAUCCCUUUAUCGAUUAUGCAGGCUUUGAUGGAAUUGGACCACACAAUUACUGCAGGAACCCUGAUGGAGAUGAUCAGCCAUGGUGCUUUAUUAACAAAAAUGGCAAACUGACGUGGAACUAUUGUAAAGUUAGGAAGUGUUCCGCAGCUCCAGCCACCCCACCGACCAUUCGUGAAACAGAUCCGACUCCAGCCAAGCCGGACGUCACGGCUGCCCAGUUCUCCCUGUGUGGGAGGCCGCAGCCCAGCCGCAUUUCCAGGAUCUUUGGAGGGAAGAAGUCUCUUCCUGGGGCUCAUCCUUGGCAGGUUUCCUUACAGACCAGAUUCAAAGGCUCCUCAGGGCCCUUCAUCCACAUCUGUGGAGGCAUCCUCCUCGAGUCCUGCUGGGUACUGACUGCUGCACACUGCAUUGAAAGUGGAGUGGAAAUGCAGGUGGUAGUGGGAGGAGUGAACAUCGAGAAGGAGGAAAUAUACGAUCAGGUCAUACCUGUGGAGAAGGCCAUCGUGCAUGAGGAUUACAAGGAGACCCACGUCGCUCUUCGUAAUGAUGUUGCCAUGCUUCAGCUGAAGGUCCGCGACAGUCCGUACUGUGCCAAAGAAACCCGCUUUGUGAAGUCAGCCUGCCUGCCCAACCAGCCCUUCAGCAGCGGGACGGAGUGUGUGAUCUCAGGGUGGGGUGUGACCGAAACACAGAAGUCCGGUACAAACCAUCUGCUGGAUGCUCGUGUCCUCCUGAUCUCCCAGGAGAAAUGUAAAGCUCCCCAUGUUUACGGAGACUCUCUGGACGACAGCAUGUUCUGUGCAGGCAACUUAAGAGGAGGCGUUGACUCCUGCCAGGGUGAUUCUGGGGGCCCUCUGGUGUGUGAGCGUAAUGGGACCCACUAUGUAGUUGGUGUUGUGAGCUGGGGCGACGGCUGCGGCAAGAAGUACAAGCCCGGAGUCUACGCCAACAUCGGCAGAUUUGUUGACUGGAUCGCUCAUCAUUUACGUUCAUAA